CUACUCCCAUGCCACGUCGCGUCCUCCUUACCGAAACCAACAAUGGACUCGUACACCUCUUUUCGAGAUGCCUCGGCUCGCUCUCCCGUUGAGAGAAGCUGGAGUCGCGAUGACUCGCGCAACCGAGAUGAUCGCCCCGAGCGAGGCGAUUCCUUUUAUCGUGGAAGGUCACCAGGUCAUGAACGUCGCGACCGCCGCCGAUCUCGCUCACCCGCCACAGUUGAUCGCUAUGAACCGCGAUCUCGUCGAGACGAUCGCGACCGUGGGGAUCGUGGCGACCGUGACGACCGACGUCGUAUUACUUCACCCCCCGCCAAUAUUGAUCGAUAUGUUCCUGGCCAGGAGGCUAGCUCCUCCGGCAAUGUCACAGUCAACCCACUGGCCGAUCCUGUCAAGCUCCCGUACCAGGUUGGCUUCUCAUACUUUGGUGAAUGGUGGAGAAUGAAUGAGAAGAUCAAGGAAGAAAAGGAGCGAAUUCGCACUGGUCGCCGGCGUGAACCCGAGAGAGCCCGUGGCCCAGAGGACCGUGAAAAGGAAAAGGCCAAGAUUCAGGCGGCUUAUGACGCGUAUAAGGAGGAGUUGCAGGCCAAGAUGGCUCGGGCGUUUGUCUCAGAGCACAAGAGAGAGCAGUGGUUCAAGGAGCGAUAUGCCCCCGAAAUCCGUGAUGAUUUCCGGGCGAAACUGAACGAGCACCGACGUGGCGCUUACAGCCAGUGGGAGCAAGACCUCGAGUCUGGCACCUUUGAUGAUUUCUCUUUGGAAGGUCUUCCUAAGAGUGAAAGCAAUGGUAGCGGGGGUGUUGUUGAGAAGGAAGAGGGCGAGGCAACGGCCACUAAUGAGAUCCUUGGUGUUGGCGAUCUCGUACCAGUGAACGGUGCUGACAUUCGAGACGAGAAUCAGUUUCAGCCUACUCUUUUGAUCAAGACUAUCGCCCCUCACGUCAGCCGUCAGAACCUUGAAGCCUUCUGCAAGGAACAUCUCGGAGAGGAGGAGGGAGGCUUCAAGUGGCUCUCUCUUUCUGACCCCAACCCCAGCAAGCGCUAUCACCGGAUUGGAUGGGUCAUGCUUCACCCUUCUUCAGAGACGGCAAUGCCAGUUGACCGUAUUGACCCUAAGGAUGAAGACGGUGAUGAGCAGAUCACGUCGCCUCAGCCAGUAUCAACCGCUGACAAGGCUCUGGAAGCCAUCAACGGAAAAACGGUCAAGGACGAGGUCCGGGGUGAUUUUGUUUGCCAUGUUGGAGUUCACAACCCGCCUGUCCACCCUCGCAAGAAGGCUCUUUGGGAUCUUUUCUCUGCACCUGAACGCAUUGAAAAGGAUCUGCUUCUUGUUCAGCGAAUUGUCAACAAGUUUGAGGAAGAGUUUGGCUCUGAUUUCCAGGCCACUCUGAAGAUUGAAGAAAAGGUCGAGGACCUGAGGAAUGCUGGUCAGCUUCAGCCGGCCGUUCCCCCAACUCCGGUCAAGAAGGUCAAGAAGACGCGCGAGGUGGGCAUGGAUGAAGCUAUGGAUGAAGAAGAAGACGGCGUGAUUGAAGUUGAAGAAGAGGAGGAAGAGGGUGCCGUGGACGACGACGAGGUUGAUGACGAAGAUCUCCUAGUCAAGAAGAAACAGCUCGAUCUCUUGAUCGAGUACCUGCGCCGAGUUUUCAACUUCUGCUUCUUCUGUGUCUUUGAGAGUGACUCGAUUCACGAGCUUACGCGAAAGUGCCCAGGUGGUCACUUACGCCGACCACGCAGCACAUUGUCUUCUUCAGCCAAGGCGGUGGCCCGGGCCAGCGCUAAUGGCGAGCCCUUCCCUGGCAAGAAGCGAGGAGAAGGAGCAGAGGAGCCAGAGAAUGAACCUACAGAGGGGGACAAGAAGUUCCGAAACGCGUCUAACAAGACGGAGCAGCAGCUUCUCCGGGCCUUUAACUGGGUCAAGACGUUUGAAGACAAGUUGACCCAGAUCCUGGACCCUCACUCUGUUGACAUCCGGAAGCUUGGCGGUCGUCCUGUGGACGAGGCUGUUGAUGAGGAGCUUUCCAAGCAUGUCAAGCAAGAGGAUGAACACAAGUGGCGCUGCAAGGCACCGGAAUGUUCCAAGCUGUUCAAGGAGGAGCAUUUCUGGCGCAAGCACGUCGAGAAGCGCCAUUCUGACUGGCUCGAUAGCAUCAAGCAAGAGUUUGACCUAAUCAACGCAUAUGUCAUCGAUCCUGCACACAUUGCACCAUCAAGGACGGAUGCCAACUCGAAUGGUCAUUUCCCACCUGCUAAUGGCCAGUCGAACACGGGCACACCCCGUGGUUUCAAUCUCCAGAACUUUGCCAUGAAUGGCAUGAUGGGUAUGCCUGGAUUCCCUAUGCCCCCUGGCGGAUUUACCCCUAUGUUUGCGAAUAUGCAGUCUGGUGGCUGGAACCCCAUGGGUGACGACCGUUCUGGAGGACCCAUUCGCCGAGGAGGUAUGGGUGGUGGCCGCGGCCAGUAUCGAUCUGGUCCGUAUGACCGCCGUGGCGGAAACCGUUACGAAGGUGGCCGCAACCGUAUGGGCGGCUCUCGAUGGGGAGAUGGUGCCGGCGGUGCUGCUGGAGGCCCCCGUGAGGCGGUACAGGGACGAAGCCUGAAGAGCUACGAAGACUUGGACCAGGUUUCUGGUGGUGGAGGUGGCGAGCUCAACUACUAG